AUGACACCGUCCUAUAACAUUGCCUCUAUUCCUGGUGACGGCAUCGGCCCCGAAGUCGUGAGCGCUGCUAUUCAAGUGGUUGAAAAACUAGCGAAAACAUUGGGAACUUUCCAGAUCGAGUUCACUCAUAUUCCUUGGGGAACCGCAUACUAUAAGGAAACCGGGCGAUAUGUCUCCGAAGAUGCACUAGACACUCUACGCAAGUUUGAUGCGGGCAUCUUUGGUGCCGUGGGUGCUCCCGAUGUUCCUGAUCAUAUCUCCUUAUGGGGUCUUCUCCUCGCUAUCAGAGGCCCUCUCCAACUAUACGCCAAUGUCCGACCGGUGCGAACUUUCCCAGGGACCAAAUGUCCACUGAACACCGCAACGGAAGGAAUCGAUUGGAUGCUGGUGCGUGAAAACUCCGAGGGCGAGUAUGCCGGCCAAGGUGGUCGCUCGCAUAUUGGACAGAAAUGGGAGGCUGCCACUGAGGUAGCCAUUUUCACUCGCGUCGGCAUUGAACGAAUUAUGCGCUUCGCCUUCGAGACAGCCCGGUCACGGCCUCGAAAGCUACUGACGGUGGUGACGAAGAGUAACUCCAUGCGCAAUGGAAUGGUUCUUUGGGACGAGAUUGCAACUGCUGUUGCAAAGGAUUACCCCGAUGUAACAUGGGACAAGAUGUUGGUGGACGCAAUGACUGUGCGAAUGGUGGCCAAACCUCAGUCCAUUGAUACGAUAGUCGGCACCAACUUGCAUAUGGAUAUCCUUUCUGAUCUUGCCGCUGCUCUAGCUGGGUCAAUUGGUGUUGCGCCAUCAAGUAACUUGGACCCCACACGCAAGAAUCCGUCGCUUUUCGAGCCUGUUCAUGGUAGUGCUUUCGAUAUCACUGGGAAGGGAAUCGCCAAUCCGGUCGCUACUUUCUGGUCUGCCGCGGAGAUGCUCAAGUGGAUUGGUGAGAAGGAUGCAGCGGGGAAGUUGAUGACUUGCGUGGAAAAUGUAUGCGCUUCUGGUGUCUUGACGCCAGAUCUCGGCGGUACAUCCAACACUCAGGGAGUCGUUGACGCAGUAUGUGCGGAGAUUGAGCAGAUCAAAGCCUGA